AUGUCAACUACGAAUCGAUUGGAUCUAGUAAUACUUGGCGCGACUGGUUUCACGGGAAAGCAUGUGGUUAAUGAGUUGGCAAGAAUCGGCAAGAAUUAUCCGGAUAUCAAGUGGGCUGUAGCUGGACGGAACCGGAAUAAACUGGAAAGUGUUCUUCAAGAUAUAUCGGAAAAGACCGGUGAUGAUUUGUCAAAAAUUGAAAUCAUAAUAGCGGACGUGGAGGACAAGAUUUCUAUAAAGGACGUGUGUUGUCGAGCGAGAGUCGUGGUCAACUGUUGCGGGCCGUUUGUGCAGUACGGGGAGGUCGUGGUGUCCGCGGCUAUUGACUGCAAGACACAUUAUGUCGAUGUCAGUGGGGAGACUCAGUUCAUUGACUUGUUGGAAGAAAAGUAUGACCAGUCGGCACGAAAAGCAGGAAUUUAUAUAAUCAAUGCCUGUGGCCUUAGCAGUAUCCCAGCUGAUUUUGGAGUAUCUUUCUUGGAACAGAAUUUUGGUGGCACGUUAAAUUCUGUAGAGUCAUAUUUGAUAACAAAUUUCCCACCAAGGAUAAUGGUGGAGGGCAGACGUAACGGCAUUAUCCGAUACAGCAGUUGGGUAUCAAUUAUUAACAGGUGCCUACUUCAUAAGAACUUAAACAAGUGGUGUCUCCCAUUUCCGGGCGCGGACAGUUUCGUAGUUCAUCGCACACAACGUCAUUUAUUAGCGACGGAUAACAAGCGACCGGUUCAAUACAAGCCACGGUUGCUCUUAAAACAUCCGAAGUUCUGUUCCUUUGGACUAGUGACGUAUGGUGAUCCAAACGAGGGGAUGAUGGACGGUGCCUGCUUUCAAUAUGAAAUGUUGGGGAGCGGAUGGGAUGAAGGGACUGAUGUAAGGACGACUCCAGACAAGAGACUCGUCGCCAGAGUUAGCGUGUCAGGUGUUGACCCAGCAUACGUCGGAACGGCGGUGGCUAUUAUAUUCUCAGCCAUAACCAUUAUAAAAGAAAAAGAAAAAUUGCCUCCCACGUUCGUAUUAUUUAUAUUAAGUAACGAACAUAGGAUACCCUUUGACAAUCAAUGACAACAAAUGACAGAGUGGACGGAAUACGUCAAUCUUAACUUAGGUUACAGGUUCAGAUCAGGUCAAGUAAUUCUGAGAAGCAU